CUAACUGUCAACAGCUACAGGAGAUGUGAUUGGACAAACAGCAGCCAAUCCGCGCGCGGCAGGGGCGGGACUUAGUCAGAAUGUGGGAUACAGUGAAUGACAGCAUGAAGUAGUUCUUCUGCUUCUGGUCUUAUAUAUUUAUAGUUCUACUCUGUAGGAAUGUUCAAAUGUCUGAUCAGGAAGCACAGGAUGACGAACUGCUGGCUCUAGCGAGUAUUUAUGAUGAAGAAGAGUUUCGCCGAGCCGAAUCAGGUCGGGAAGGAGAGAUCCAUCUGUGUCUCGAGCUGCCCCGUGACUUCAAGUUGCUGGUCAGCGGGGAGAAAUGCGUGGAGUACGACGUAUUGUUUCUGCCUCCUCUGGUCCUGAGUUUCGAGCUUCCUGUCGAUUAUCCUUCCUCAUCAGCGCCGGUGUUUACGCUGAGCUCCAAAUGGCUCUCUAGACUCCAGCUGACGUCUCUGUGUAAGCGUCUGGAUGACCUGUGGCAGGAGAAUCAGGGCAGCGUGGUGCUCUUCACCUGGAUCCAGUUCCUCAAGGAGGAGGCUUUGGACUUCCUGGGUCUGCAGUCUCCUCUGGAAAUCCACAGCACUGGCAGCAAACACUCUCAGCUGGAGCGCUGCAGAACUGAUGGAGCCGCCAAGCGAGCUGAAAAUGCGGGUGCGGAGAAGAAGAAGCCGGCGGAGCUGGACCCUCGCGCCGUUCUGGAGGCCGGGCCGCACGCUGACCUGCUGCGUCAGCUCCUGGACUUCGACGAAGCUCAGCGGCAGAAGGUUUUCGACAGCAAGGUCUUCUGCUGUGGGAUCUGCUUCUCCGAGAAGCUGGGCUCCAGCUGCGUGCUCUUUAAAGAGUGCCAGCACGUUUACUGCAGGGCCUGCAUCAAGGAGUUCUUCCAGAUCCAGAUCCGAGACGGCAAAGUCCAGUGCCUUACAUGCCCCGAGCCGAAGUGUACCUCUGUAGCCACACCUUCCCAGGUGAAACUGCUGGUUGGGGAGGAGGAGUUUGCGCGCUACGACCGCUUGUUGCUGCAGAACAGCCUGGACCUGAUGGCGGACGUUGUGUACUGUCCUCGCACUUCCUGUUGCAUGGCUGUGAUGCUGGAGCCCAACGCCACCAUGGGCCUGUGUCCGUCCUGCCGCUACGCCUUCUGUACGCUGUGCAAGCGCGCCUACCACGGCCUCUCGCACUGCCUGCCCACCGUCCAGGAGCUUAAUAACCUGCAGGAGGAGUACCUGGCUGGCUCUGCGGAGGAGAAAAAGUUCUUGGAGCAGCGUUUUGGGAAGCAGGUGAUCCAGCGUGCUGUAGAGGAGUCCUUCAGUAGGAAGUGGUUGGAAGAGAACUCUAAAAACUGCCCUCGCUGUGGCUGUCACAUUCAGAAGAUGGAAGGCUGCAACAAAAUGACCUGCUCCUCCUGUCACCAGUACUUCUGCUGGAUCUGCCUGGCUCCUCUGUCUCGAGUGAAUCCCUACAGCCACUUCAACAAUCCCAACAUACCCUGCUUCAACCAAUUGUUCCUGGGCGUAGAUGAAGAAGAUGAUGAGUUUUGGAGUGAUGAAGAUGAGUGAAAAUGAGUUGAGUGCCACAUCCCGGAGUCAUUUCACCGGUGCCCUGAUAGCUGCUACCUGCUGUGCACAUCCCCUCACUUUACAUCCAUUUUUUUCUUAUUUGUAGUUGUUCCAAAAUGAACGAUCAGCUUGGUGAAGGGGAUUAAAAAAAAGCUAACAAGCAAAAUGGAGUUAUUUGUUAGAAAAGAAGCAGUCAGAGGACUUCUUGAUGAUUUUUCAGUAAUUUAACGAGAGCAUGACGUUGCUGGCGUUUCCUAAAACGAUUCUUCACAUAAUCUCCUCUGUGUUAAUGUUCGUUGUGUUCGGAAUCAAGUAAAAUCAAAGAACACUAAAGGAAUUUAUUCUGUUCCUCAUGGUCUGUUUACAAGGUGGAGACACAAAGGUAGAGACUUUAGUGACUUUCCCAGUGAAGCCUGAAGUUGGAAAUCAUUUCUAUUUUUAUCUAAUAUUAUCCAUCAAUAAAUAUUAGCAUAAAUAUACUAUUAUGGAAUUAACGAGUUCCUUAUUAAGUCUAUAUUUUUCUUUGAUAAAGCUUUAUUGAAAACAUGAAUACCUGCAUAUAAUUUUAUUCAUGUACACAUGCCUCGCCACAAUAAACUGACAUGUAGGUCGUGAUGAA